CAGCCUGAGUGCGCUCUCACCACUGCUGCUCUCCAUCCAUCUGUCUCUUAUCUUUAUUCUCUCUUCCUCUAUCCAUCACUCCCCUGAUCUUUGUCAUUUCUCCUCUUUUCUCCUUUCCUGUUUCCUCUCUUCAUCUCUGCCUCUUUUUUCCUCUCUCCUUAUUCUGUGCCAUCACUAAAUCCACUCUUUGUCUCUCCAAACGUAAUCCUGAGCUUGAGUGUGCAGCACCUGUGCAGACUGGAGUUUGUCGGGCUGAGACACAAGGGUUUUUUUUUUUAUUAUUAUUUUUUUCUGUUUAUGUGUUGAAUAGAGGAGGGAGGGGAGACAACACCCAGGAACACCUGACCAACAUUUCAGCAAGAUAUGAGGCGGCUUAGGAACUGAUCUCCUCCUCCAGCAUUUCUCCAGCUGUUUAUCUUUUUUUUAUUGCAACACCUGGAAUGCUUAUCGUGGAGUGAUGGAUGUUUCCGAACUGUGCAUCCCCGAUCCCCUCUGCUACCACAACCAGUAGGUUGCUGACCAGAAUGCCGUCUGAGGACCGACACCUAACCUCAAGCUGUGGUUCUUACGUCAAAACCGAGCCUUCUAGUCCAUCCUCCUCACUGGUUGACACUGGUAGUCACCACAGUCCCAGCGGCAACUCCGAUGCCAGCGGCGGUUACGUUAACAGCAGCGGCGGACGCUCACACAUCCUGGAUUCUCCACCAAUGUUCAACCCAGGCAUGCUUGGAGGCGGCGGCGCCUGUCUGCGCCGCUACGACGAGUGCUCUGGUGGCAUGGCAGAUGACUCGCCAAUCAAAUGCGAGUACAUGCUCAAUGCCAUCCCCAAGAGGCUGUGCCUGGUGUGUGGAGACAUUGCCUCAGGGUACCACUACGGGGUGGCCUCCUGUGAGGCCUGCAAAGCCUUUUUCAAAAGGACAAUACAAGGGAAUAUUGAGUACAGCUGUCCGGCCACCAACGAAUGUGAGAUCACCAAAAGGAGACGCAAGUCUUGCCAGGCCUGUCGUUUCAUGAAAUGUCUUAAAGUCGGCAUGUUGAAAGAAGGUGUACGUCUGGACCGAGUGAGAGGGGGGAGACAGAAGUACAAACGAAGGUUGGACCCAGAGAACGGUGCCUACCUUGGUCUCACCAUCCCCCCUCCUGCCAAAAAGCCAUUGACAAAGAUCGUUUCCCAUCUGUUGGUGGUGGAGCCAGAGAAGAUCUAUGCCAUGCCUGACCCCACCAUGCCUGACGGAGACAUCAAGGCCCUGACCACGUUGUGUGACCUGGCCGACCGCGAGCUUGUGGUCAUCAUCGGCUGGGCCAAACAUAUCCCAGGGUUUUCCACUCUCUCACUGGCAGACCAGAUGAGUCUACUGCAGAGUGCCUGGAUGGAGAUCCUGGUGCUGAGCAUUGUGUUUCGCUCGCUACCCUGUGAGGAUGAGAUUGUGUAUGCUGAGGACUACGUGGUGGACGAGGAGCAGGCGAGGAGCUCGGGCCUGCUGGACCUGCACGUUGCCAUCCUGCCGCUGGUCCGACGCUACAAGAAGCUGCGCAUGGAGAAGGAGGAGUUUGUCACACUGAAAGCCAUUGCCCUUGCCAACUCAGACUCCAUGCACAUAGAGAACAUUGAGGCUGUCCAAAGGCUCCAGGAUUCUCUCCACGAGGCUCUACAGGACUUUGAGGGCUCCCAGCACCCGGAGGACCCUCGGCGGGCAGGCAAGCUGCUAAUGACCCUCCCUCUGCUCCGUCAGACCGCCACCAAGGCUGUUCAGCACUUCUACAGCAUCAAAAUGCAGGGCAAAGUCCCCAUGCACAAACUAUUCCUCGAGAUGCUGGAGGCCAAAGCUUGACACACCCGGGCCAGAUGUUUGACAGACAGCUGCAUCACCCAAUGCAGGGCGAGAGACAGCUCAUAAAAAAAUCAAGGCAAUGUGCCAAGUUUGGACUACUGAGUCAUUUUAACACUUUUAAAUGGUAAUAAACAUAAAAUGAAAAGGGUUUUAAAAGGGUGACUAUCCACCUGACUGGUGUGGGAUCAUGAUGAUGUAUAUAAAGAUGCUGUGUACAGAAAUCAGGCAAUCAAGGUCUUAUAACCAGUGACCCAUUGCUCUGUAUCACCUGAAGCUUCUGUAAAUUUGUUUCUUAUCUUAUUUUCAUCUCAAAAUGGACGUGAGUCAUUAUGAAUGUCCUAAAGAACUGUACGGCCAUGUAGCCAAAUUUUGUUUUUGUUUCUUUUUUCAUAUUUUUUAAUCUCAGUUGUUAAAGCAAUAGUCUCUAACUGGUCUACAUAUAGUACGUGUAAUGUAUGUUGUGUGAAAUUGCACUGGGUGGGAACGGGGGCGUUGUUAGACAUAUUCUUAUAUUCGACAUCAAAGAAAGUGGUACUCACUACGGGUAUGUGAGCUCCUCGAUUUCCUCGUAAUAUGUUUACCUCGUAGUAGCUUCAUCGACUCAGUGCUUACAGAAGGACAGCGGUUGGCUCAUCGUUGCAGUUCACAAAGAGUUUGCACUAAGCAUCUAUGAAGAAUUUGGCAAUAAUGGGUGUUGUUUGGUAGCAUCUGGGUGUCAUUUAGUGGUUUUUGCUUACAGAGACUAAACCCCCUCCUCCCUCCACACAUCCUUCUGUAUUCAGUGUCACACAAAUACUGGCAACUAAAUAUACUGUGAAACAUACACAUGAUGUGCUACUGUAUAUUCUGUGCUGAGAAGUUUUAAUCUUAAUUGUAAGGCUUGUCAAAAAAACUUUAUUUUAUGUAAACAGAGAUUAAAGGACACAAUAACUGUCAGGUUUGCUCGGCUGCUCUGGCCUCCCUCACCUUUCCUACUGUCU